UUUAUAUAUGAAUUUAACAAAAAAUAUUAUUAUAAACCAUAGAAGAUUUAUUUUUUUUAAUUUUUAUAAAAGUUAUUCAACAUCUAAGGUAGAUUCCAUACAUAAAGUUCAGGAUUCUCAAAAUCGCACUGAACUAAUAGAAUACAAAUUCAAUUGGGGAAUUGGAAACAAAUACACCGAACAUAAUAAAACUCGUGUUGGACGGAACAUUCCUAAAAACCCCAAAGUUGUUACUAUUUCAUCUGACUAUUUUAAUAUUGAAGAUAAAUUUGAACACUGUAAAGUUGUUUUCGACGAAGUUAACGAGCAGUGGGAGGUUCUGUGGCUAGAAUAUAACAAACUAAACGGAAAACCAUUUCCAAUAAGUAAAUUCGGACUCCAAACUUCAAAAUCAAAAUCACUCGAAUUUGCAAACUUUAUAAACGAUAAAUUAAAAGAAUCAAGUUCCACACACACCAGUGAUACCGAUAACGCUCAUAAUUCUAACAACAUUGAAAAUUCAAACGCAGUCACCCCUGAGCACACAUCAACAGAUCCCACACCUACUCCUGAGUCCUUAAAAGAUUCUAAUAGUGACAGGAAUAUAAUAUUUGAUCAUGUAUUGCAGUGCUGGGUAGGCCUUGGUAGAAGGGGUAAUAGACCUAUAGCUAGAGCGUUUUCUGCAGACUACCACGGAUACGAAAAAUCUAAAGAAUUGUCCAAAAAUAAGUUGUAG